GCCCAGCUAUGUUCGUUUGCACCCAAGCAUCAACAUCUACUAGUGCUCCACAGAGUGCUAUCCAAGAAGUUGACGAUGAAGAACGCCCAGCAAUAGUUGGCCCCAGCCAGCCGUCAACGUCUACUUCUACUCCAUUGCAGGAACAGUGUUCUUGUCGAAAGCGUUUGAAUUUCACUGUGAACAGUAGCUGGGACAUUCCAAAUGAAUCCAGAAACGAGAGUUACGACGAAACAAAACAAUAUGAUACUGAGUAUGGUAAUGAAGAGCUAGAGAAUUUGGAGGAUUGGUAUUGGGAGGAAGAAGUGGAAUGGUGUAAUGAAAGGGUGAAGGAGGAAGUAGAGAAGAUGGAUGAAGAUGGUGAUGAGAAAUGUGAGGAAAAAGAUAUCGAGGACAAUGGGCAGAAGGCCUCUGACGACAACAAUGGGGGUGGUCAUGAUGUCCAGGUUCAUGACAUGUGGGAAGAAGACAGCUCAACUGAAGGGGAAACAUUUAGAGCUUCAAAUAAACCAGACGGGACACAUCCAUCCAAAAAAAGAAAAUUGGAUUAUAGUGAGAACGAGUGUUUGGAAAGUUUGACAAAGAAACUGAAGAAAAUGUAAUGGCCCUGGUAUUUAAUUUACCCUGGUACCAAUUGCAUUGGGGAAGAAUUCUCCUUUACCAACCUGAUAAAGCAUUUUAUUUUUCAACAACUCACUUAAUGGUUUAUCACUUUUCAAACAAAAAAAAACAUUACCCAGCCAGGAGUCAAACCCAGUACCUUUGUCCCAAUUCUGAGACAUCCUGAGCUGUCAGAGGAUUCUUAUUUUAAUUAACAGUAUUUUGUUGAAUUUAUAAUUGCAUAAGUUCUAACUUGUAUGCAUCUAUUAUAAGAAUAAUUUUCAUGUGUGUGUGUGUGUGUUACAGAGAGAGAUGUGAAGUGACUGGAUAAUUUUUACAACUGUCAUUCUUAAGAGAGUCUUAGUAAAAGAGUACACUUUACCUAAUCUGCAAGUAUUUAAGUUGUCUACAUUCCAGUUAAGGUUAGCCACUUGCUACGUGUAACUCUGGAUAUUUAUAAUGUGGCCUUGCGUAUAACAAUUGUAACUGUAGUAAAACUUUUAAACUUUUUAUUUUAAAAGUAAAAGAAAACAGACUGUUCAGGUUUUUUUUUUACAUAAAUUAAUAAAUAUUAAAAAAAUAAAUAGCUGAAAGAAUUACCUGAAAUAAUCCUAUUUUUUCAAAAGGUUAUAGUGAUUUGUUCAGUUAGUUAGAUCAAAAAUUUGUGGGUUUUGUUAACGCCUAUAAAAAAAAUUGUUGUUUAAAAGUGUUAAUGUUAUUUAAAGUAUAGUGAUUUGAUAUUUUGAGUGUUAGUAUUUUGUAGACAUGGGAAUUUUGUUCCUUCAUUUGUUAAACAUUGUUAAAAACUUUAAUUUUAGCAAUAAGUAAGUGCAAUAUCAAUUUUCAGGUGCAAACAUUUUGCAAAUAAAACUGUACCAUAGAAUAGCAUAGACCACAUCUUGGCAAGAAAAAGUUAAUAUGUACACCAGGUGCACUUACACUUGCGAGAUUUGCAUGCAAUGUCCAUUUUAUUAUUUUUGAUGCAUAAUUCUGUAAGUACUAAUGCAUUCCAUUUUUAAUUUUAUUACUAAUGAUAAUUAGUUUAGUAUAGGCUAAAACCUCCAGCAGUUUUAGCUGGCAAGAUGCUAGACUGCCAGGGUGACUAUGUACAUAGUUCUGGGCAAUUUGGGUAUUAGGUUGGGACCAGUGCUUGCAAAGGACACACACAAUUGAUACCGAUUUGAAAGAGCAGAUUAUUCAAAUUCCUGUAGUAUAAUUGGUGAUUGAGAAGUAUUGGUAACUCGCGAGAUGCAGUGAACUGACCGAACCUUCUGGAUGAAUAUGUCUGUCAGGUAAAGCUACACGGAACAUGAAAGUUCAAGCUGUCCUUAAACAGAAGAUGCUGGUUUACUAUGUUCAAGAUGCAUACUUUUUUUUAAACUGCUUUCAUACUGUAAACACUGGCUCAGUUUUAAUGACUAGUACAUUUACUUUAGCUAUUUUAUAAAAUUGGGACACAUGUGCAAAUAACAAUUGAAUGUGUGAUAAUUUAAAUUUUAUAUUAUGUAUGGUUAAUUGUAUAUUUGUGUAGUUCUGUUAAGUAUUUUAUAGUUUUGUUAUACACAUUUUCACAAGUAGGUACUGGUAUAUCAGAAUAAAGUGAAUAAUAGUGUAUGUAAUAAUAUAACUAGCUAAACAAUAGUACCUUGGGUGUUUACUUAGAAACAUUAGUAGUUAUGUAUAAGUUACUUUACAAGAUAAAGAAAAAAUUUACUGAAUAAUUAAGCAUAUGUUCACCAUAUUAUGUUACAUCAGAAAGUUGUUAAUCCAAAUUUGUGAGACUGUUUUCAUCUGUGAUAAACAUUUAAUUGAAAUUGUAGGUAACAGUAGUUUUGCUUUAAUUUAUAAUUUUUUACAGCCUUAGCUUAAGUUUCUAAAAAUAUGCUUUUGUUAUGUAGAAUAAACUAGAUUUUAAAA